CAAAAGAAAAAUAACAUUAACAACAACGGUGGUGAAAUAAGGAAGCAAGAGAGAAUCAUAUUCAUGGCGGUCCCAACCUCUUCUCUCGCAAUCAACAUUCAUUCUUAUAAAUAAGAGCACUCUUCAGACAACAUAGCAAAGGAAACUAUCAAAAUUCGCAUCUGUCAUUGUAUUUGCCUUACACAUCAGCCACACUCAAUCUCUUGCUUCAUUCCCAAACCUCUUCUUUCCCUCAAGUUUGUAGAAGGAGAACUUUCCCCCUUUUUUUUUAUCGGCAGUUCUCUGCAAAUAAAUGCAAAAAAGGUUUCAAAAAGCUUUCUUAGCUUCAACCAAAUGCGAUCUCCUUCUUAAUUUCUGAAGGAAAGUUACAUGGUCUAGAAUUUCCCUGGAGUGUAGUAGUCAGUUGUGGUAAUAAAGAUGGGGGAUCACUUUGAAUUACUGGUCGAUCGAUUGCUUACUGAAUCCACAUUAGAAGCUGCAAUUGAAAGCAGGAAUAAGUCUAUGUUGGCUGCAUCCUCAGCAGUGAAUGACGCGAAAAUUGAUCUCAAUUUGAUGAAAGUGGGUCUGGAUGAUAUAAAAUUUCCCGGGAAGCUGGUAGAAUGCAGGAUAUGUCAUGAUGACGAUGAAGAUACCAAUAUGGAGACACCCUGCUCUUGUUGUGGUAGUUUGAAGUACGCUCACCGUAGAUGUAUACAACGAUGGUGUAAUGAGAAGGGUGACACCACCUGUGAGAUAUGCCACCAGCAAUUCAGGCCAGGCUAUACUGCUCCUCCACCACUAUUUCAGUUUGGACGUAUUCCAAUGAGUUUCAGGGGGAAUUGGGAGAUUUCAAGAAGAGACUUGAAUAGUACACAUUUGGUUAGCAUGGUCCCCACUGAUCAAAACGUUAACACUUCUAACUAUGAUCAGUAUUCAGCCUCUGUUACAGGAAGUUUGAUUUGCUGUCGUUCAAUUGUUGUCAUUGUAAAUCUCUUGUCUCUUUUAUGCAUGUAUGCCACUAUGCCCUUACUCCUACUGAUUGUGACAUUUCCAAUCUCUGUUUCUCUUGUGCAGUUCAUGGUUAUUCUGAUUUUAAGACACACACUUCCCCUUGUAAUUAGUGAAAAUAAGGAGUAUUCUUUCCCACUCUUUUUGCUGUUGUUGUUUCGGACUGUGGGAGUUGUUCUUCCAAUAUACUUCAUGGUUAGAGCAGUGGCAUUAAUCCAGCGCCAUCGGAGACAGCAUCGAGAGCAUCUUAAUGCCUUGGCCAUUUCAUCUGACGAUGAAAGCGAGCAAGCAGAUUUGCAGCCUCAGCCUCAGCCUCAUAUCAUACAUGUACUGUAAAAAUAGUGUAGCCGGUAACCACUUGAAGAAGUAAUUGAAGGAUGAAAAGCUCCUGGUUUAAGAUGCUGCACUUUGUCUUCUGAUUUUUUUUCAUGUAAAUUAGAUGGAGACAAGUUUCUUGAGAACCUGGAGUUUGCUUAGGAUGGGGACACUGAAAUUCAGAUGUUCGUAGCUCAUAAGGAGGCAUUGCAUGCCACUUGUGUUACCUAGUCCCUCUGCUAUAGCUACUCUUCGGGAAGUCUUGGAAACAGCAAGUUAUACAUUUAAAUUACUGUUUAUUUAC